AAAUGACAUGUUAUGACAGUCCGUUCUAGAGGUCAAAAUUUACAAUGAUAAUUUCAGCAAUAACGUAAAAUAAUAUGUCUAGACUUUUUGCCCACCUAUUUCGGAAACCCGCACUACAAAAAUGGAUGCACACAGUGGAAAAGAAAAAGAAAACAACGGGUAUCAUAGUUAUAGGUGAUGAAAUUCUUAAAGGCGAAGUUAUAGACACGAACUCCCAUUUUUUGGCAAAGGGAUUACAUAAACUGGGGCUGAACCUCAACAAGAUUUCAGUUAUAGGUGAUAAUGUAGAGGAUGUGUGUAAAGAAGUAAAAAAAUUCUCAGAGCAUUAUGACUAUGUCAUAACUUCUGGUGGUAUAGGUUGUACACAUGAUGACAUAACAUUUGAAGCUGUGGGUAAGGCAUUUGAUAGCCCCCUGGUUGUGCAUCCAGAAUUACAACAGAUAUGUAGCAAAUUUUUCAACACCACAGAUCCUAAACACCCUGGAAUGAAACUGGCUAAAGUGCCAAGUGACGCAAAAUUGAACUAUAGUCAAAGCGAAAUGAAAGUCAAAUAUCCUAUAAUAUCUGUCCACAAUGUUUAUAUUUUCCCAGGCAUACCACAGUUUCUUGAGCAUGCAUUCACUGCAGCUGGGGAUCAGCUUUUCAAAAGUGAUAAUAAAUUUUAUACUAUGUAUGUAUUUUGCAAUACAACAGAAGAUAAACUAACUCAAGCUUUAAAUUCUGUGGUUAAAAUGUAUCCAAAGGUUCAAUUUGGGUCAUAUCCAUCUAUAAAUAAUAGCAUUUACAAAGUUAAGAUCACAGUGGAAUCUAAUCAGGCAAAUUUGACGAAGGAAGCCCACGACAAACUAAUUUUGGCAAUACCUCAAAAUUUUAUUGUAAAGAAACUUGUUUAAAUAAAUUUUAAUUUCUG